UUCACCACCAACAAACUCCACGCAGACACAAAUCUUUCCUUCUCUCUCUCUAUCGCUCUCGCUCUCUUCGAUUUGUCUUUAAACCAAACCUUCUUCGUCUUCUUCUUCCCAAGCUCUUCUCAAUUCAAAAUUUUUAUUCCCAAAAAGCCCCUCCCUUUGGCCCAAAUGCCCAGCACAAACCCUUCAAGAUAACACCACCGCCUAAGCCGCCACCGAGAGCAAACACGACAAUGAUCGUUCGAACUUACGGUCGUCGAAACCGAGGCAUUCCAAGAACUUACUCCGAUACCUUAAACGACGCCGUACACGACUCUCUCUCCCAAGAGAGCCCCCAAGACCAAGACCACGGUCUCUAUAGCAGCAGCUUCGGCUUCUCGUCUCAGGAGUCCUCUUCCCGCUGGGCCUCCGACCCGGACCCGUACGGGCUAAAUUCAAGGUCAGCUUUCGGAGAUUCGGAAAACGGCGUCGUUGGGAGGCCGAAGAAGGCGAAGAGGGUCGCGAAGAACUGUCACAGGCCGUCGAUUCCUGCGACCUCGACGCUGAUGGAGGCCCAGGAGUUCGGGGAGAUGAUGGAGCACGUGGACGAGGUCAAUUUCGCUCUGGAUGGGCUCAGGAAGGGCCAGCCCGCUCGGAUCAGGAGGGCGAGCCUGUUGUCUUUGCUGUCUAUCUGCGGCACCGUGCAGCAGAGACGGCUCUUGCGGACUCAGGGGAUGGCAAAGACAAUAGUUGAUGCUAUUUUGGGUCUCAGCUUUGAUGACUCACCCAGCAAUCUGGCUGCUGCAGCUCUUUUCUGUGUUUUAACCAGUGAUGGUCAAGAUGACCACCUUUUGGAAUCACCCAGUUGCAUUCGUUUUCUAAUCAAUUUGUUGAAACCGAUGGUCUCAAUGGCUACUGAAGACAAAGCACCCAAAAUAGGGCGCAAGCUUCUAGCAUUUCGUAAUGAUGCUGAUGUAUGUCGUGAGACAACAAAAAGAGUAGAUUCCAGUUCUGUCGCUAUUGUUUCCAAGGUUCAGGAAAUUCUUGUAAGUUGCAAAGAAUUGAAAUCAAGUGGUGAGAAUGAUGGUGGAGCUGGGAGGCCAGAGCUAUGCCCAAAAUGGAUAGCUUUGCUGACUUUGGAAAAAGCUUGCUUAACCACCAUCUCUCUUGAAGAAACCACUGGUGCAGUAAGGAAGACUGGAGGCGAUUUCAAGGAAAAGUUGAGAGAGCUUGGAGGACUUGAUGCUGUCUUUGAGGUUGCCAUGAAUUGUCAUUCUGAUAUGGAGGGUUGGAUAGAACAUAGUUCACCUUCUACCCAGAAUGUCAACAAAGACCUGAAUCUGCAGGUUUUGAUGUGGCUAUUGAAAUGUUUGAAGAUAAUGGAAAAUGCCACAUUCCUUAGUAAAGAUAAUCAGAGUCAUUUACUUGGAAUGAGAGGAAACUUGGAUCCAUUGGGAACCCCACUAUCUUUUGUAGAGCUCAUUAUAAGUCUCAUCAAGGUUCUUUCAGGUCUUUAUCUCUUUAGAAAUUCUUCUGCCGCCUCCAUUGAUGACAAGUCUUGUAAUCUCUCCAAUGGGACUGGUCAUGCUUUUGAAUUGGCUUUAUUUGAAGACAACAAAGCUGGCAGCAAUGAGACUUUUCCGGUCAAUUCCUCUAGAAAGUGCUGUAGCUCAGAGAGGACCUCCUCACAGAAGAGCUUCAAUGUAUCUGACAACAGCCAAUGGUUGCCAGUUACCCGGUUUGAUUAUUCUAUAUCUAGUUCUGAGACUACCAGCACAUCUAUGUCUGAUACUUGUUCACUAAAGAUAAGAGUCAGUUCUUCUACGUCUGGCUCGCGAGGUGGGACUUCAAGGGGUUCAAAUAGUGGAACAUUUGUAACUGAUAAUGGUUCCAGCAAGCAAUUUGGUCCUGGUAAGAGACCGAGCUUUCUGGAAGAUGCCAAGAUUGAACUCUUAGAGAACAGCCAGGAUCCUUUUGCUUUUGAUGAAGAUGAGUUUGAGCCCUCUAAGUGGGACUUAUUAUCUGGGAAGCAAAAACCAUCUCGAAGUCGAAAAAUUGGGGUAACAUAUAGAGAACUGGAAGAUGGGUGUCAAUCUCAGUUUUUAAUGAGCCAACAAGAAUCAAGUAAUGAUGGAAAGAAUCAUGGCCAUGAACUCUCCCCUCCAAAUGCUGUUGAUGAAGAGGGUUCCAGGCUUCUAGCUGACUGUCUUCUUACUGCUGUUAAGGUUCUGAUGAACUUAACGAAUGACAAUCCUGUUGGCUGUCAGCAAAUUGCUGGCUGUGGAGGGCUGGAGACCAUGUCUUCUUUGAUUGCUGCCCACUUUCCUUCAUUCAGUUCAUCCUCAUCUCCCUCUAGUGAGAUAAAAGAGAAAAGUUCAAGCAUUGAUCUUGACCACCAGAAUGAUAGACAUCUGAGUGAUCAAGAGUUAGAUUUUCUUGUUGCUAUUUUGGGCCUGCUUGUGAACUUGGUAGAGAAAGAUGGACGUAACAGAUCACGGCUUGCAGCCGCUACUGUUCCUUUGCCUGGCUUGGAAGGGUUUGAAGAAGAGAGUCAGAGGGAUGUAAUCCCGCUUAUGUGCUCUAUCUUUUUGGCCAACAGAGGAGCAGGCGAGGGAGCUGGGGAAGGAGAAGAUAUGCCACUGAAUGACGAGGCAGCUCUGUUACAAGGAGAGAAAGAAGCUGAGAAGAUGAUUGUAGAAGCUUAUUCAGCCCUUCUUCUAGCAUUCCUUUCAACUGAAAGCAAGAGUGUACGCGAUGCUAUUGCCGACUGUCUCCCAAAUCACAACUUGUCAAUUCUUGUACCCGUGUUGGAGAGAUUCGUGGCAUUUCAUUUGACGCUGAACAUGAUUUCUCCGGAAACUCAUACAGCUGUGAGUGAAGUAAUUGAAUCAUGUAGGGUGCCAUGAUGGCUCAAGAGAGAGAGAGAGAGUGUACAGCCUCAACGUUUCUUUCCUGCAUGCAGCAGUGUUAUCACGACUACCAAUUGUCACAACAAGAUUCCUUGCGGAUGCAUACUACAUCAAACUGACCACAGGCCUGUGAUAUAGUCUGAUUGAUCCUUCUGUUUGUCUUUUUUCUUUCUUGUUAGGCUCCUUUCCUUUUUUUGUUUCUUUACUAGAUUGUAUUCUUUUUUAGCUCUUUUUGCACCAUUUGUGCAGGUUGAGCCGCUUGUAUACGAAAAAUUGAUAGUAGAAUGAAAGAUUCAGUUUGUACCUCAUUCA